UGACGUGGCGCUGCCGCUGCCCUGCGCCUGCGCGCGCGUUGGUUCCGGCGCGGGCAGGAUGGUGCUGCUGGAGAGCGAGCAGUUCCUGACGGAGCUUACCAGGCUGUUCCAAAAGUGCAGAACUUCCGGGAGUGUUUUCAUAACACUGAAGAAAUAUGAUGGCCGAACAAAACCGGUCCCACGCAAAGGCCACGUAGAAAGUUUCGAACCAGCAGACAAUAAGUGUCUUCUAAGGGCAACUGAUGGAAAGAAGAAAAUUAGCACAGUGGUGAGCUCAAAGGAAGUAAAUAAAUUCCAGAUGGCAUAUUCAAAUCUGCUGAGGGCUAACAUGGAUGGCUUGAAGAAAAAAGACAAGAAAAGCAAAACCAAGAAAAGUAAAGCAACACAGUGAUGGAACAGUGUCCUACCAUCACCAUAGCAGACUUGACCCUCACUCAAAGCAAAGUCCAUUUCUUUUUGAGUUACCACUUGUCUUUGGCUUUCCUUCCAGCAGGAUACUGGGAUAUGAUCAGUACUUUUGUUUAAACUGACAGCAGAGGUGCUUUCUUUGGAUUGUUGUGUGGCAGGAGUAUGUACAGUGUUAUACUAAAAUAGUUUUAGACUCAGAAGUUUUGUACUUAUACUGCUGCUGUUUGUAAAACCUGUUUGGGGGGUAACACAGGGUGAAGAGAAAUGCACCAUACCAGAAACAAAAUAAGACUGGAGGAGGAGCCCCAGUGACGGAUGCCCAGUUUUAUACAUGAGCCUCAGUAAUAACAGGGAAAGCAGGUGCCAACAUAUUAUCAGGAACAGCUGCUUUCCUGUUUGUGUGUCUUAAUCUGAGGGACAUGUCUAGAUGAUGUAGUGUGGAUAUCCUUAAGGCAGCCAUCACAGUGCUUGAGCUCUUGUAGAGCAAGGCAGCUGUGCCUUCACUCCAUGCUGAUCCAGCUGUGCUGUCCCUGGGUGGGGGGAGGGUAGGACUUUGCAUCAUGUUCCCUUCAGACAUGGCUUAAGAAUGCUCAUGUCAUCUAAACUUUUAUUUUUUUUAAACUUCAUCCUUCAAUAUAUUUGGGGAUCUGAAUUUUCCUUCCUUCAUAUGAGCAGAUGUAAAAAUACUUAAUUGUUCCUAUUAAACAUAAUGAAAAAUGGAUUUGCUUGUAA